GGGCCGGGGGGAGGGGGGGAGGGGGGAGUGGGGACGGGGAGAUGGAUAAACUGACCAUCAUCUCAGGAUGUCUCUUUUUGGCCGCGGACAUCUUUGCCAUCGCCAGCAUCGCCAACCCCGACUGGAUCAACACCGGGGAGUCCGCCGGAGCACUCACUGUGGGCCUUGUACGGCAGUGUCAAACGAUCCAUGGACGUGACAGGACAUGUAUUCCUCCCCGGCUUCCCCCUGAAUGGGUUACCACGUUGUUUUUCAUCAUCAUGGGAAUCAUUUCAUUGACUGUCACAUGUGGCUUGCUGGUGGCUUCCCAUUGGCGAAGAGAAGCUACAAAAUAUGCUCGUUGGAUAGCAUUCACUGGAAUGAUCCUUUUCUGUAUGGCUGCCCUAAUAUUUCCAAUAGGAUUUUACAUCAAUGAAGUUGGAGGUCAACCUUAUAAACUGCCCAACAAUACAGUAGUUGGGUCUUCAUAUGUACUAUUUGUCUUAUCAAUUUUCUUUACAAUAGUGGGACUUCUAUUUGCUGGCAAAGUUUGUUUACCUGGCUGAUGAAUGUCUAAACUGCUUGACUUCUUUUGUGGGAAAGAUGGCGGGUGGGGAGAACAAAGGCAAGGCAUCUGAGCAGUCCUAUUCUCAGGAGGAUGCUUAGAUGAAGCUAUCUGUUACUGAAAAGAGAAAUGUGUUGACUCGUUCUCACUAUGCACUUUGGAUUAAAAUGGAGAGCCUUUUCCAUAACCAAAUACAGACAACAUUGACUAAAUCUCCUGAGCAUAUUCAGGCAGUCAGGUCUGCACUGUGAUAGCAACCUAGUGAAGAAGAAUGCUUUAUACUGAAAAGCAUAUGGCCCUAAGUGACUGUACCGUUCUGUUUUUGUCUGAUUCAUUUUUUUUAAAGUAUUUAUGAACUUAUGGUGGACCAGAUGGUUGCAAGAAAAGUUCACGUGGGGCUGGCCUCACUCCUAAGAUAUUAGUGUACAAAACUCCCUUGUGAUAGGAUAAGCCUUUGACCCCCAAAUGAAUUGCUGUUGCAUUACUGCACCAAGAAGCCAAUAGAUCAAAAUGUGUUUGCUAAAAUAUGUGUUGAAAAAAAAAAAAAAGAAAACCUUAAUUCCCUGGUCUCUGUGUUUAAAAAAAAUUUAACAAGAAAACAUAUUAAGAAAUAUGUUGCUUUGGGGGUGGGGGGAAUCUUCCUUAUAUUUAUAUAAAUAUAUAUAAUAUAUAUAUUUUGCUGAUGCAGUAUACAGUGUGUGUAUGUGUGUAUAUAUAUAUAUGUAUGUAUAUAUGUAUGUAUAUAUGUCUAUAUACAUAUAUAUAUAUACCUACACAGUUCCUGGAAGAGAACUUGGAAUGCUUUGCUAGCAAAACACUGUGGUGUGCAAACCUAGAACUCAAAAGAAAAAAGCCAUUUCUCUGAAGGCUGCAGUGUGGAGAGAGUCUUCAGUUUACCUCAUUCUUUGUAGCAGCCCUUGAUUUUAACAGGUUUUUGUAAUAGGUACAAAUAAUCCCAUACUUUUCUAGGUGCAAUUUUAAGUUAAGCUAAAGAUUCUUUGUACGGUUAAUUUAUUUGUAUAUGAGGGUAGAAAGCAAGAUCAUGUCAUACUUCAAACCCAAAUUUGGGAAAUCUGACACUAUUUAAAUUAUUAUCAGCUGUUGUCUGUUGUACAGAGAUUCUCUUUUCUACUUGCUUUAUCUGUUACAUUAAUAAUGCAUUGAUCUAGGUUUAAGCACAGCAACUACAUAACUACAAAACUCACUAGAGAAAAUAGCAGUAUUUUGGUCAUUUACAAAUACUAACUUCAUACUUAAAUAAAAGAUGAAUUUAUAUUUAAGCAUUAAUUCAUCUCCAUCAAAAACCUAAGCAAUACUUUUUUAUUUGAUAUGCCUUAUUUGCUAAAAGCUAACAUUUUUCAAUGUACAUUUAUUUUAAGGGCUGUUUAAACCCACAACUUAAGUUUCUUCCUAAAAGAGACACUUCAGCUAAACCUUAAAUCACAAAUAGUCCUUUCUCACUUCCCUCAAUUCAUUUCCCCCCUCCAAAUGAAUAUACUAUAAAUAUUCUCCCCUUUAUGUACAUAGGGACACUUUUUGGCAGUAGAGUCAAGCCUUUGUUCUUUACAGUGAAGUGGCAAACCAAAUAUACCUGUCAAAAUAAUUACAUACCUAAAUAAUUGUUGCAGAGGGCAAAUUUCCAGGAAACUACAUUAUAUUUUGAAGUAUUCAUGAAUUACUUGGUGGAAAUGAGGGCUGGAAGAUGUAUAAGCAAAGAAAACAAAAACUUCUAACAUAAUUCAUAUAUACCUACUUGCCAUUCAUAUACCUCCAAUGUUAAUUAAGAAAGAUUUUAGUGUAUAUCAGCUCAUGUUUGUUUUGGAAGUUCUAGUAUAUCUGUAGAGUAUUCCCCAAAUGUAACAGUAAAUAUAUAUUUUUUAAUUUCUAAGAAGAAAUCACCUUAGCAAAAAUUCUAAGAAAAAAAUUUCUAAAGUAUUAUGAUGUCUAUCCAAUUACAUGAAUACUACUGGACAUAUGUUCUCUGGACAUUUGUGAUUGCUGGGUUGCUAUGCCAAUUGAGAUUUGGUUGGUCCUCAAAUAAAAUGAGUCACUCAGAAAUGAAGUUUUGGAUAUAACCGUUAUACCACUGAAUGAAGUGUUAGCAAAGUAUGGUUCAAAUUAAUUUAUGAUAUGAUUAAGAGCUUUUCUUCUUCCAAAAGAUCAAUCUUAUUGUAAAUAGUUUCACAAAAUAUUUUAACUGGAUCAUGGGCAUGGGGAGAGAGAGUUUCUCAGCUGCUAAUAAUUUCCCCACUUGUUUACUUCCUUCACUUACAAUGAAUGGUAUUACGUGUAAGAUGACAAGUCUUAGGAUUUUGUUUAGUAUCUGUUAUCAAAUCCAUCAAAUUGUCUCUAAUUUCAUCAUCAUCUUGGAAAAUAUCCAGUGUGCGAAUGACCAAUGAGUUGGAAACAUUCACUGGCCAGACCCACUAGCUGUUAUACCCAGGAGCAAAGCAACCCCAACUUCAUCUAGUAGUAUGUGAAGUCAAAUCUUUGGAUUCUUCUGGUCCAAACAUGAAAAUAAAAUCAUUUACAUAAACAAAUCUAUAAAUCCUGUAAGUGAAAAAAUAGACAACUAUUGGCAGUUGCCUUUAAUAAGGUCACUAUAUUAAGUACUAUAUAGUACAGUAUUAAUUUAUAGCAGAAAAUCAUAUCUUAUAAACUGUAUAUAAAACACUGUUUAUGGUGCAAUCAUUUGUCAAACUUUUUGUCUGUUACUUUGUUUUUAAAGUUGUGUACAUUUUUUCAUACCUAAGAGCGUCACUGUAAAAUCUGCUGAAAACUAUUUAUAGGUUUUAUUUGCACAAGAUUAGUUUUAAACUCUAGGAAGUUCUUGUUGAACAUGCCUAAGUAUCUGUAAACAUUUAAAUUCUUUAAUUCAUUAAAAACAAGUAUUUCAGUAUCAUUCUUUCCAAAGGUAAUCCAUGUUCUAUGUUUUUAAUGUGUUUAUGUAAUUCUUUGACUCCACCUACUUUGUUUUGUUUUUAAAGGACAGCUCUUUUCUUGUAUUCUAGAUGACCAAAACACCUAAUUGAUUUUCAGCCUUUUGCCCAAAGGUUUGAUAUCCCUAUUUGACAUUCUGUGAAUAAAUUCUUUAGUAUGUUAUGUUAAAUGGAAGUCUUGGUAUCAAGCAUUACACCUACUGAUUUGGAAGAAAGGCCCUGGAAAAGUGUUGAAUGUGCUUUAGCUUUCGAAAAGCUUUAUCACGGUUUUUUCUUGAGGUGUGGGCUUCCUCAGAAGAACACAUGUAGCAUUUUGUUUUGGUUUUUGUUAAAAGCCUUUUUGGUCAUAAGUUUUUAUUGACUAUUAGCUUUUUCCAGAACCUAAGUUUGCGCCCUCCCCCAUUAAAAUAUAUGUAUAUACACACAUAUAUAUGUAUAUGUGUAUAUAGAGAUAAAAGAAAAAAUACCUUCACAAUUAAAACAGUAAGCUGUUCUUUUGGAAAAUUUUGAAGGAUGAAAAAUAUAUGAAGGAAAAAAUUGUCUGCAUGGGUAGGAUUCCCAACAAAAGAGUUAAUGGUUGUUAUCACCUCAAGAGAUUUUAAAGUUUGUGCUCAAAGUCUGUAUAUUAUCCCAAACUUUAUUAAGGAUUGUUUUUUUUAAUUGGUUAUAACAUUUUUCAAUUAAUAAUUUCAAAACAAAUUGUUAAUACAAGCUGUAUAAAAUGAACAUAAUUUUCUUCACUUGUAUUUUUGUUAUUGAGCAAGUUUAUCAAAAUAAAUUGUCUACUAAACAAACUAAAA